CCCUUCCACUUCGCCACAACGUUUCGUAAAUACUGUGACGGCCAAGGUCACAUGUUUCUGGAAUCCACUCCAAUGGUUCUUAUCGACAAUAUAACUCGUCCAGCCUCGAUACCUUCUUAGCUUUACAGGGCAGCGAGGACUACAGGUACUUGGGCUGAUACAGCAGUUGUUUCUAGUCGUGUAGUAUUAACAUUUGCUAAACGCAAUGCCGCUCGACUUCUAUUACACCAUCUCCAGCCCGCCUUGUCGCUCUGUUUUGCUGCUUGCAAAAACGCUUGGAUUGGAACUAAACAUGAAGAAAAUAGACUUACUGAAAAGAGAACAGCACACACCAGAAUUCUUAAAGAUCAAUCCUCAGCACACAGUCCCAACGCUUGUAGACAGUGGAUUCACUGUUUGGGAAAGCCACGCCAUCCUCGGCUACCUUGUGAACCAGUAUGGCAAAGAUGAUUCCCUGUAUCCCAGGGAACCAAAGAAACGUGCCGUUAUUGACCAGAGAUUGCAUUUUGACACUGGAGUCCUCUUUCCAAGAAUGGCAUCCUACUUUCUGGCAUUACGAGCUGGAAAGAAACCCGAUGAGGACAUAACUGCAAAACUGGAAGAAGCAUUGCAGUUCUUGGACAAGUUCCUUGAAGAACAAGACUGGGUUGCAGGGAGCACCAUUUCCAUUGCAGACUAUGCUUAUGUGGCUGACAUGUCACUUACCGAUGUCCUUGGAUAUGAUAUGAGCAAAUUUCCAAAUGUUGUGAAGUGGUACUCCAAAGUCAAGAAGACAAUUGAGGGUUAUGAUGAGAUACAUAAUGCUGCUGUAAUUGUGCUGAAACAGAUGAUUCACAGCCAUCCAGAGUGACUCUGUUUAUGUACCAUGUUUGCAAGUUUGAGAUUUGGGCAUUAAACUAGUAUGGAUAUUCAAAGAA